AGCGAGAGGCUGCCGCCCGCCGGGAGCUAAAGGGAAAGGAACUCCGAAGAUGCGAAAGUGACAGGGAGACAGACACACAGACCUUCAGAAGACAGCAGCAUCGGCGGCCUUCCCCGGAGCCCGCAAGUCUUCCCAGCUCCUGAAAAGGCAAAAUAGAGCUCCCCAGUAUAACAUAAAACCUUCAAGUUAGUAGAAAAGGAGCUAAGCAAGGCUCACAGGUGGGAGGCCGAGCUGGUGGAAAAGACGCCGGAAAGAGACUUCGGGGCGACCAUAAUGUCUCUACGUCUACAUACACUGCCCACCUUGCUUGGAGUUGUCAGACCGAGCUGCCGAGAACUGCUGUGUUUGUUGGUGGUCACCGUGACUGUGAGCGGUGGCGCCUUCGGAAUGUGCCCCACCGCCUGCAUCUGUGCCACCGAUAUCGUGAGCUGCACCAACAAAAACCUGUCCAAGGUGCCUGGGAACCUUUUCAAACUGAUUAAAAGACUGGACUUGAGUUAUAACAGAAUCGGGCUUCUGGAUUCUGAGUGGAUUCCAGUGUCUUUUGUAAAACUGAACACUCUUAUUAUUCGCCAUAACAACAUCACUAGCGUUUCCACGGGCAGUUUUUCCACAACUCCAAAUUUGAAGUGUCUUGAUUUAUCAUCCAAUAAGCUGAAGACUGUGAAAAGUGCAGUGUUCCAAGAGUUGAAGGUUCUGGAAGUGCUCCUGCUUUACAACAAUCACAUUUCCUAUCUGGAUCCUUCAGCAUUUGGAGGGCUGUCCCAGUUGCAAAAACUAUACUUAAGUGGAAACUUUCUCACGCAGUUUCCAAUGGAUCUGUAUGUUGGAAGGUUCAAGCUGCCAGAACUGAUGUUUUUAGAUGUUUCUUAUAACCGGAUCCCUUCCAUGCCAAUGCACCAAAUAAAUUUAGUGCCAGGAAAACAGAUGAGAGGCAUCUACCUUCAUGGAAACCCAUUUAUCUGUGACUGUCCCCUUUAUUCAUUGCUUACCUUUUGGUAUCGGAGGCACUUCAGCUCAGUCAUGGAUUUUAAGAAUGAUUAUACCUGUCAGCUGUGGACUGACUCAAGGCACUACCAUCAGGUGCUUUUGCUCCAGGAUACCUUUAUGAAUUGCUCAGACAGCAUCAUCAAUGGUUCCUUCCGUGCACUUGGCUUUAUUCAUGAGGCUCAGGUUGGGGAGAGGUUAAUUGUUCACUGUGACAGCAAGACUGGUAAUGCAAAUACCGAUUUCAUUUGGGUCAGUCCAGAUAACAGACUGCUGGAGCCGGGUGGAGAAAUAGAAAACUUUCACGUGUUCCACAAUGGAAGUUUGGUUAUAGAAAGUCCUCGUUUCGAGGAUGCUGGAGUAUAUUCUUGCAUUGCAGUGAAUAGGCAACGACUGUUAAAUGAAACUGUGGAUGUCACCAUAAACGUGAGCAACUUCACUGUAAACAGAUCUCAUGCUCAUGAGGCAUUUAACACAGCUUUUACCACUCUUGCUGCCUGUGUGGCUAGUAUUGUUUUGGUACUUUUGUACCUCUAUCUGACACCGUGUCCCUGCAAGUGUAAAACCAAGAGACAGAAAAAUAUGCUAAACCAAAGCAAUGUUCAUUCAUCUAUUCUCAAUCCUGGCCCUGCCAGUGAUGUGCCAGCUGAUGAACGGAAAGCGGGUGCUGGUAAAAGAGUGGUGUUUUUGGAACCCCUGAAAGAUACAGCAGCAGGGCAGAAUGGGAAAGUUAGGCUCUUUCCCAGUGAGACGGUUAUAGCUGAGGGCAUCUUAAAGUCCACGAGGGUGAAAUCCGACUCAGAUUCAGUCAAUUCAGUGUUUUCAGACACACCCUUUGUGGCGUCCACUUAAUUUUGUGCCUGUGUUUGUAUGAUGUAGUUAUUUAUUCUCGCCAUAUUUAACUUUAUGUAUGGUCUGAAAAAUAAAUAGCAGGACAGAAAUUGUGUUGUUUUGUUAUUUAAAAUACAAUUAAGUGCUCUCUUUAAUGGUUAAUAGGAAAUAUGGUAAGGCAUUUGGUUCUCCUACAUGCCAGAAAAAGAGGGGGUUGUUUUCCAAAACUUAGGUUCUAGAUAGCAAUAUCUUAGUCUUGAGCACCACUGAUAAUUUCAAAGUUGGCCCAGAGGUGAAAUGACUAACCUGUUCCUUGUAUUUGGGAUUCUUAAAAGGAAAAAAAAAAGUUAUUAGUGUUCUUAAAAAUAGACAUUUGCUAACUUUUUAGGAUAGAAGUUGAAGUAUUUUAAAGAAAAGCAUUAGUGUCCUAUUUCAUUGUUAAGAAAUAUAGAAGGAAGAAUAGAGCAGCAAUUAUUUAUAAAGCACAACUUAGAUUUGGGAAUUAUUCAGCUAAUACCAUUUCAGAUCAGUGGAAUACACUAUACUGAAAAAAAUUACUGGACAAUGUCACAUCCUUCAUGGUUUUAGCUAAAUAGUGCAAUACAGAUACAUUUGUUUAACUGUCUUCUUUCCAUCCUGUACAUUUCCUAUCCUUGUACAAAAGAUCUCAUUGAACAUUUAAAAAUUAUUUGUUGCCAUAACUUAUGUAGUCAAUAAAAAAUUUAAGUAACUUCUUAAAGAUUUGUUCUAACAAAGUAAUAUUUGUUCACGUUUGUGUAUCUGUAAAUCUUAAAAUUAUGUGAACUGUUAAAUGGAUUCUACUGUAUUAUGCUUUGAACAACUUGAAUUAAUGUAAAUAUAUGU